AUGUAUAAACCGGACAGUGAGAUCACGUCGUUCAUAACCCCCAAAGGCUUAUAUUGCUACAAAGUCAUGCCGUUCGGACUAAAGAACACCGGGGCGACUUUUCAACGGAUGGUGACAAAGAUGUUCGCCCCAAUGCUGGGCUGCACCAUGGAGGCCUACAUCGACGAUAUGGUGGUGAAAAGUAAGGAGAAAGCUCAGCACCUCUCCGACCUAGUAGAGAUGUUUGCUAUACUUAAACGCCACAAGCUUCGUUUGAAUGCUUCCAAAUGCGCCUUCGGAGUCGGCACCAGGAAGUUUUUGGGUUUUCUAGUCACAAAUCGAGAGAUUGAAGCUGACCCAUCACAGAUCAAGGCUAUACAAGACUUGGAGCAUCCUAAUUCCACAAAGGACGUGCAACAUCUUGCCGGGAUGACAGCCGCGUUGAACAGAUUUAUCAGCCGGUCUUCGGAUCAUUGCAGGCCCUUCUUUAAAACUUUGAAGUCCAAGUUCUUCUGGGAUGACGAGUGCGACCGAGCACUAGCAGACCUGAAAGCAUAUCUCUCCUCUGCCUCUAUUUUGGUCACACCUCAGUCGGGCGAAGAGUUGUACCUCUACUUGGCUGUCUCUCAACACGUAGUCAGCGCGGUAUUGGUCCGUGCUGAAGGCAUCCAGCACCUACCGAUCUUCUAUGUAAGCAAGACUCUGCUCCCAGCCGAAACGAGAUAUCUUCCCUUGGAAAAAUUGGCGCUGGCCCUAAUGAUGGUGUCAAGAAAGCUGGCACACUAUUUUCAUGCCCAUACAAUAAUUGUGUUAACCAAGUUCCCGCUCAAAGUGCUUUUUGAAAAGGCAGACUUCACUGGGAGAAUUCUGAAAUGGGCUGUGGAACUAGGACAAUAUGACAUCAAGUUCCGACCACGCACCGCAAUCAAGGCUCAAGCACUUGCUGACUUUGUGGCGGAAUUUGCCCCUGGGAUGCAUCCAGUAUGCCCGAUUGAUUUGGUUGGUGCGGAUUUAGCACAACCCAUGGUUCUGGCAACAAAAACAAGUGUUGGUUCGCAAGUAGGAAAAGGGAUGAGCACGACCGAACUAACAAAGUCCGGCGAGAAUGAACCCAACCAAGACAAGAAAAGAGACCAGAAUGAACCGAUCAGAGACUUGGAAUUGAGAAGCUCCCACAACCCCUCUGAUUGUUGGAAGUUGUUUAUUGGCGAGAUGUGGAAGCUCUUCGUUGAUGGGGCAUCCAACAGACAUGGGGCCGGGCUAGGCAUCGUGCUGAACUCACCGAACAGCCUGGUCAUCGAGCAGGCAAUUACAUUCGGCUUCCCAGCAUCCAACAACGAGGCUGAGUAUGAAGCUCUCCUUGUCGGACUAAGAAGCGCGCUGAGAAUGAAAGCCACAGCCCUUAUGGUAUUCAGUGAUUCCAAGUUGGUGGUCAAUCAGGUCUCAGGGAAGUAUGAGGCAAAGGAGGAAAGAAUGGAUAAGUAUCAGGCGCAGAUACGCGCAGAGAUCAAGAAGUUCGCUACAAUAAGGAUGGAACAAAUCGACCGCGAGGAAAACAGCGCGGCUGAUGAAUUGGCCGGACUUGCUUCUGCUCAGACAGCUUUUCCUAACCCCUUGAUGAUAGAAUUUUUACCCCGACCAAGCAUUGAGGAACCAGAAUCAGUCGAGGUACUCUGCACCGAUUUGGGUCCUUCUUGGAUGGAUCCCAUCGUCGCCUUCCUGAGAGAUAGAGUUCUGCCGGAAGAAAAGAAGACGGCCAACAAGGUCCGAGCUAAGUCAGAGCGGUUUUGGCUCUCCCCUUCCAGAGCCUUGUAUAAGAAGUCUGUCGCCGGGCCGUACUUGAAGUGUGUUCACCCCUUUAAGGUGGAGGCCUUCCUCUAUGAGAUCCAUGAAGCGGUGGCAUUGGAGCUGGACCUUGCUGAAGAAAGGAGGGAGCGAGCAUUGAUCCACAUAGCGGCUUAUCAACAAGAACUCUCCAAAAAGUACAACAAGGCUGUGCACCCCAGGCUAUUCAAGAUUGGGGACUGGGUAUUAAGGAAGGUGCUUGGCAACACGGUGGUCCCGGGUGAAGGAAAGCUCGGUACAAAUUAG